AUGCGAAAGUUGGAAUGGGACGACAUGGGAGUGAAGGUUGAUGGUCGGCAGCUACACCAUUUGCGCUUUGCUGAUGACAUCGUACUUAUAACACCUAGCAUCAGCCAAGCGCAGCGAAUGCUAACCGAAUUCGACGAAGCAUGUGGAUGCAUCGGUCUCCAGCUGAAUCUCCAAAAGACGAUGUUCAUGCAGAACGGUUGGGUCUCGGAUGCCCCUUUCACGCUCAACGGAACGAUCAUAUCCGAAUGCACCAGCUACGUUUAUCUGGGUCGGGAACUGAACAUGAUGAGAUACCUGACACCCGAGCUGGGCAGAAGGAGACGAGCGGCUUGGGGAGCGUAUAAGAGCAUCGAGGAUGUAGUGAAGAAGACCAGGAACACCCGGCUAUGUGCUCAUCUCUUCAACACCAUCCUACUUUCUGCUUUGACCUAUGCUUUGGAAACCUGGGCAUAUUGCAAGCAGGAAGAAAACGAGGCAGUUGAAUGUGUGCUAUCAUCUCCGUGGGAAAUGGUUGAAGUGACACUCGCUGGAGAGCACACUAGCAGCAACUACUCACGGCAUAAUUCGUUUGAUGAUUUCUUUGAACUGUUCGACGAAUUUGCUGAGCAGCAAGGUAUUCACUUCAACAAAAGAAACUUUCGCGAAAUCGAAGCAAACAUCAACGGAUUCCCAGUGAGUAAAUUCGGAUUGCGUGGAGUCGACUGCGAACAGUUCCGUCAGUUCCUCAACGGCAUCAAAGCUCAGAAAUACCAUCUACAGUACGCGUCUGUGAAGUGCGGUCCAAUGACAUUCUCGUUCUGUAUGGCCUUCUCAUGCAGCCCUGUUGAUUUUUAUUCGAGGAAUGAAACGGUGCGACCAUAUCGAUACAAUUGA